UACGUUCGCAACAAACGUCAACAUAUCAAAAUCGCAGUCGCAUCGCAGCUCAGUGAAAAGUUUUGCAGUCUCAAUUUUCUGUUUUGAUGCUUGAAUUAUGUUUUUGAACUAAAUAGAUUACUAAAUCGUAACAAUGGCCGGACUAACUGAUGUCGAUAGCCCGUUCGUGAAAACGGAAAAAGCGUGCAAAAUAUGCGGUGCUUCCGAGGGAGACAUGGAGUCAAUUUUUUGCGAUGCAGAUGACACCAGAAUGUUGAACAAAAUCUACAAAUGCACCAAAGUUGAGGUUACUCCCGUGUGCGGUUUGAUAUCUCCAAUUUGUGAAACGUGUCGGAAGCGUAUCGAUGCAUUCGAUGAACAUGCGAAGCCCAAAGUUGUUGAGUUUGUUAUCAAAAAUGAACCAGAACAAUACGGCCAAGACUACGAUCCCCUCAACUGUCAGGAUCCCAUGGCCGUCGAUACACUUGAAGAAUCAGACGACGAUGUCUUCCAAGAUGUUAACGUUAAGUUAGAAAUCAGUAUGGAGGAUACAGAAUUAGACAAAAUUGUUCCCACAGAGGACAAGAAAAAAGGAAAACCUGGUCGAAGGAGGAAGAAAUCCGUUGAAGUUAAAAGUGUAUCAGUCACAGAAAUCGAAGACAAAAAAGCAGAGCCAUCUGAGAAUGAAAAGGAGAACGUUCCCAGAGCCCGAAUGACCAGAAAAGCAACGAAAAAAACACAGCAAAAAAUUGAUUUUGGUAGUGAUUCAAGCGACAUUGAGUUUGCCGGUGCAGAUGAUGAUGAUGCGAAAUUUGAUAGUGAUCACAGCAAAGCAAGUUCAGAAGAUGAAAAACCUUUGAAAAAGCGAAAAACAACUGCCAAGAAAAAGCCAAACCCCACUGGAGAAAAACGGAAAAUCGGGCGGCCUAGAAAAAUUCGACCGGAAGGCAAAGAAGUGAAAGUCCCACAAGAAUGCAAAGUCUGUGGUCGUGUUGUUACUUACAUGAGAGAGCACAUGCGAAUGCAUAAGAUCGACAAGCAGCACAAGUGUCCGCAUUGCGAUCGGAUGUUUGUGCAAGGAAACAACUUGAAAUAUCACAUUCGCAAGCAUCUAGGAGAAAGACCGUACUCAUGCGAGCUAUGCGACAAAACUUUCUAUUGUGCACCACAUUUGAAAUCGCACAUGAAAGUACAUGGACCUCAAGGACUGUUUCAAUGCGACAGAUGUUCGAAAACUUUCAACCAGGAGUGCAAUCUUAGAAAACACAUUCGUGUACAUACGGGUGAAAAGCCAUACAAGUGCACUAAGUGUGAUAAAGCAUUUAAUAGUACUUCGAAUUUGAAGAACCAUCAAAGAUUACAUGCUGAUGAGCGUGCGUUUACUUGCGAUCAUUGCUCUAAGAAUUUUGUUGACAUUAUACAUUUGCAGCGGCAUAUACGGGUUCAUACUGGAUAUCAACCAUACAUUUGUCAUGUGUGCUGCCAGGCAUUCAAUUGCCAAAAUGGAGUUAUCGAACAUUUGAAAACGCAUAUUUUGGAGCGUAAAGACCUUUGGUCAAAGGGUACGAAGGUUUAAAAUAAAACUAUUUCGAUUAUAAAAUUCCUUAUUUGCUGAA